AUGUGCGAGUCCGCCCUCAGCGCUGGCCGGGACACUCCCGCACCCACUGGCCUGUCUGUGCUCCGGCGUUGGGCAGCCUCAUCCUGCGGCCACUCCUGCCCUGCCAGCUGGGGGGCAGGGACAGGUCACCGGGAUUGUACCCGUUUUCGAGCUGCAGUGCUGGGAAGGGGACCCUGUGACCUGGAGACAGAACAGGAGCCUUCUGAAGCCAGCCGAGCCUCUGCCCCCGCGCGCGUUCAGCUGCGCGAGGGCAGCCAGCCGUGCACACACCGCCCCGCCCUGCCCACGCAUGUCCAGCUCCACGCCCACAGCCGCAUGGCCGCCCCCAGAGCCCAGCUCCGCCUCACACCCCCGAGCUGCCCCCUGACCCCGUGUGUGAAGUCCGCGUCUCCCUCAGCUCCCCACGCCCGGGGAGUCGGCCUCGGCCGGCCUGACGCCACAGCCCCACGUCCGUGUGCAGAGCUGCCCCGCUCCCCUCAGGACACUUGUGAAGGGCUCGCCUGCUGUCCCCCCGCCCCCUGCCCCGCGCCCCGCGGACAGACAGGUGUCCCGGGCUCCUGGUGGGGCCCCAGCGGUGUGCCCCCGGCCCUGGUCCAUGUGGGGGCCCGUGGAGACGGCCCGGAUGCAUGGGAGCCGUCGGUGGCUGGGCCUGUGGUCGGGUCCUGA